GGGGAGGGCGAGGCGGAGGCGGCGGCGGAUGGAGGAGUUGGGGGAACGGUGGAGCAGGCGUCUGAGGGGGAGGGGGCGGGGCUGGAUGGAGGCCUGGGGGCCGCGGCGGGAGGUCUGGAUGGAGAGGAGCAGCAGGAGGCAGAGACCGGGGGAUCGGACGCUGAGACCGCCGGGGCGGAGACGGACGCGGUGGGGGCUGACGGAGGAACCGGCUCCGAGUCGGAAGAGGCCACCGAAGCGGGGGUUGAGGAGCUGGACGAGACGGCGGUGGCUACAUCCCCCGCGGCGUCUGAGGACACCCCCCCCGUGGUGCUGGUGGUGGAGCCCACAGACAUCCUGGAGAAGAUGGAGAAACAGGUGGAGGAGAUGAUCAUUAAAGCAGGGGGCGAGGAGGUGUUGAAGCCGAGCAUAGAAGGAGCCGGCGGAGAUAGCACCAAAGAAGGAACGGAGAGAGGGGGGGCGAGCGAGGAGCAGCUUGGCGCUACGGAGGAGCCGACCGGGGGAGAGACAGAAGGGGGCGCGGGGGAGCUGGGGGGAGGGGAAGCCGCUCAGCAGCCUGGAGGAGAUGUUGAAGCGAAGGAAGAGAGUAGUCACGUGCACGGAGCAGUCGGGGUCCAACUGCCCCCUGGUGGCGACGGGGGGGAGGACAGCGAGAGGGUUGGAGAGCAGGAACAGGAGGGGGCGACUGAGAAUGAGGCAGACGAGCAAGAAGUAGAGGCAGGAGGUUUAGAGGUGAACGGAGGCUUGGCCGGUGUGGUGGGGGGAGAAGAAAACGGAGAAGGAGGGGCCGGGGCCUGGGGAGACGGGCCGGUUGGACCAGGGGAAGACGAGGGCGUGGCACUGAACGGGGAAGAGGUGGUGACACUGGACGGCGAUGCAGCCACAGAGGCCACCACAGAGUCCUCCCAGACCGGUCAGACGAAGGAACAAGAUGUGCUGGCCCUCUCCCCCGGGGCCUCUGAACACGGGGCUGGGGACCAGGCCCCCCCGGUCCAGGAGCAGGACUCCCUGCCUCGUCCCACCCUGGUCUGGGGAGAAACAGGAAGUGAGCAUGUGGACAGAGAGGACCCUUUACUGCAAGGGACCAACUUCACCAACGAGAUCCCCACCACGGACCACCUCUUCACCCAUGGCCCGGCAGUCGCCACGGAAGCUUACCAGGAUUUGAUGGAACAGGCCCUGGCCACGCCCCCUGAGACAGAAGAGGCGGAGCCAGGUGGAGCCAAUGAGUUGGUGACGGAUGCUGCUGGUCCCUCAGAGGGGGGCUUGCUGGGCGUGGAGGCGUGGAAGAUAGGGGGCAUCGCUGCUGCAGUUAUCGUGGGGCUGGAGACCCUCCUCAUCGUGGUAUACAUCCUGAAGUGUCGCACCGGAGCCAAAAGUGCCCCAGUUCCGGGAGCCUGUGAGAAGGGCCAUGUGGAGCCAGAGACCCCCACAGGAGGAGACUGCAUUGACGACUAUCUUCCUGCGAGCAACGGGGACACCCAGCUGAUAGCAGAAUUGGAGCCAUCAGGGGGGAAGCUGCAUCAGGUACCACAGGAGCUGGCCCUGUCGGACCUCCCACCAAGCCCGGCCGAGCUGUUCCCCAGCGCUGGAUCGGCCAAGGGUUCCUCGUACGACCUGAGGACUUCUGAUCUGUAGCAUCGUGAGCCGUUGGUUCAUCUGUGACCCUCAGCCUGUCCCUCUGUCUUAAAUAAGGCCUGAACAUGAACCCGGUGCACCAGCCCCUGUGAAGACCCCCUCAGAGCAGAGGGACUCACAGAAGAUCCAGUCCAUUGGCUCUCUCUCCCUGGCUCUCGCUCCCCUCGCUGUACCGGGGUGUACCUUUAGCCUUGCGUACUGCGUGCAAGUUCAUGUUCUAAAGUGUGAGUGUGUGUGUGUGUGUGUGUGUGUGUGUGUGUUUGUGUGUGUAAGUGUGUGCGUGUGUGUGUAAACGGCAUGAGAAAGAAGGCAGCAGGAGUGUAUCUUGAUAUUUUGUGAGACGGGUAAUUGAUUGUAGAUUGUAAACACAAUUAAGUUCAUCAGGGGGAUGCAUGUGUGUGUGUGUGUGUGUGUGUGUGUGUGUGUGUGUGUGUGUGUGUUUGUUUAAAUGAGAGGAGGAUAAUAACCUGUUUAUGAUCUUGGUCUUUAGUAUUCCCAUGUAACAGUUUUUUUAAGUGUCGGUUAUUUUGGUUUACUGAUCACAUAUCCGAAGUCACUCCAUACAACAGACUUUGACAGUCAGUCUUUAAACCCUGACAGUGACCUGUUCCAUAUUUACUAUUGUUUUUCAUUUUGUUUUUCUUUCUUUCUUUUUUUUUUAACACUGCAAGAACAACCAUUUUCAUGUUGCGUCGUUGUAAAGAUGGAUUCAAAACCAUUUGGUCUGAGUUUGAUUCCACGUUGGACACCUCUGAUGUGUGCUGUACAGAAUAAAAACCAUGUUACCAUUC